UUCCUCUUUGAAGUUCUUACAAAUUUAUUCUUCCUCUUCGAUUUGGUGUGCUCUUACUUUUUCUGUAUAAUUUCCGCGUAAUAAAGCGAUCAAAUCGAGCCUUAGCGAGCCAAAAGCAGAAUCAAAAUUUUGUAAUAAAUAAUGGCUUUUCAGCUCCUAAAGCGCUCUAUCGGCCGAUGUUCACAGAUCUCUCCGGCGGCGGCUAGGACUUACGCCUCCGCUACAGCUCCGAUCACCGCCACUCUAUUCCCCGGAGAUGGUAUCGGCCCUGAGAUCGCCACGUCCGUUAAACAGGUUUUCGAAGCGGCUGAGGUUCCGAUUAAGUGGGAGGAACACUAUGUUGGGACUGAAAUAGACCCCAGAACCCAGAGUUUCCUCACAUGGGAGAGUUUGGAGUCUGUUCGCAGAAAUAGAGUAGGAUUGAAAGGUCCAAUGGCCACCCCAAUUGGCAAAGGCCAUCGAUCUUUGAAUCUCACUCUGCGGAAAGAGCUCAACUUGUUUGCCAACGUUAGACCUUGCUAUAGCCUUCCUGGUUAUAAAACUCGAUAUGACGAUGUCAAUCUUAUUACUAUCCGGGAAAAUACUGAGGGUGAAUACAGUGGUCUUGAACAUCAAGUGGUGAGGGGUGUUGUUGAAAGUAUCAAAAUUAUUACUCGCCAGGCAAGUUUGAGGGUGGCGGAAUAUGCUUUCUUAUAUGCAAAGACUCAUGGUCGAGGAAGAGUGUCUGCAAUACACAAGGCAAACAUUAUGCAGAAAACUGAUGGUUUGUUUCUUAAGUGCUGUCGUGAGGUCGCAGCGAAGUUCCCGGAGAUAACAUAUGAAGAAGUUGUUAUUGACAACUGCUGUAUGAUGCUUGUAAAGAAUCCAGCACUUUUUGAUGUACUGGUGAUGCCUAACCUUUAUGGUGAUAUUAUCAGUGACCUUUGUGCUGGAUUGAUUGGUGGUCUGGGAUUAACACCAAGCCUCAACAUUGGUGAGGGAGGCAUUGCUCUUGCUGAAGCUGUACAUGGUUCAGCACCUGAUAUUGCUGGAAAGAAUUUGGCAAAUCCGACGGCCUUGCUGUUGAGUGCUGUCACAAUGUUGCACCAUCUAGAAUUCCAUGAAACAGCCGAUAGGAUCCAGAAUGCAAUUCUCCACACUAUUGCCGAUGGAAAAUUCCGAACUGCAGAUCUUGGCGGCACUUCAUCUACAACCGAAUUUACAAAGGCGAUUAUUGGCCGUCUUUAAAGAUUCGUGCCGGGAAUUCUAAUCUGCAUUAUUUUGAACUAAAGAGUUCAUCUUUCUUUUUCAGAGCAAUGUUUAAAACCAAUUUUUAGGUGUUCCGGGCGGGAAUAAGACCACAUUACUAUGGUGAUUGUAUAGAAGUUCAUUGAUUUGCUAUUUUUAAACGUAGAGGAGCUGUUAAAUUAUCCCAUGUGAACAAAUGAUUGAAUUUGUUAAACCGGGCUAAAUUACAUUUGAUGCAAUUGUUGAGUAAAAUUCAAAUCUAAUAAUCCAAUCGAAUGGAUAUUGUUUAGUUCA